GCUAUUUUCACUGUGGACAUAUCCCAUCCUGACCCUGACAUAACCCGUGAUGAGAUCGAUCAACUUAUCAGAGAAAUGAAUCAACUGUUUGACAACGCAACAUUGAAUGGAAAGUAUGCCAUGCCUCAUGUGGGAGUGACAGAUUACCUUUCUUAUGGCUGGGGUGUCCCUAACUACCAGUGCCCAGCUCCAACUUAUUAUCAGCCAUUUUCGGAUGACUUUUUGUGUGUUGGUUGUGGCAAGGGCUGGGUAUAUUCCCCCCAUCAGACGUCCUGCAGUAAAUGCCCUGUUGGUACCUACCAGCCAGAACUGGAGGGAGAUGAGUGCCUUCCCUGCUUAAACAACUCUACAACACUGAGAGAUGGGAGCACUUCUGAAGAUCAAUGUCUCGCUAUCUGUCCUGCAGGAGCAACCUCCCCCAAGGGUUAUCUCCCUUGUGACCCUUGCCCACUCGGCCAGUACCAGCCAGAGACUAUGAAGGCAGCAUGCCUACCUUGCCCUUUUGGAAUGUUCUCUGACUCAAGGGGAGCCACUCAACUUUCUGACUGCAAAUUUAACGACAUUGUCAUGAACAAAGACACAGAAGGUCCAGUAAUAAAGGACGUGGAUGUGACAGACCCCUUUUCCAUCUCUUUUUUUUUGAAAAUACCAUCAAAUCUGGUUAACACAUCUACUUCUUUCUCUUUCACGGCAAAUCCUGAUGCAGCAUUUAUCGGCUGUGAAAAUCUGAAAUUGUAUUUGAUCUCUGAACCUCAUGGCCAGUUGAGGAGUAGAAGACAGUGGUAUCAUAUUGGAAUGAGACGAGUGGUUCAUUUUCUUUUAGUAACCUCUCUGUACGUUGAUGGUGUGUUGAUCGAGACUGAGUAUAGGUUAUCUUCUUCUCCGUGCACCUCUAUAGGGUUUACUCCAGGGAAGGACCUAGACUAUGUUGUGGUCAGUGAAAUUCAGGGAGUAAAAGAGGCUUUGACAGGUACACAAGUCGCCUCUUUAGCCAGCUCAUGUGGUCAAUUACUGGCAAACAACUUUCUCACUGAGAACAAUAUAGUUACUGAACUUUCAACACUCAGCACUUGUGAUGCUGUGGACGACUGUGCCAACAACAGCUUUUGUGGAGAUUAUGGGAUUUGCAUUGAUCAGGACAAUGGCUAUCGUUGUGUUUGUGAUGACCUGUGGUCAGGAGAACAUUGUGAGUUUGCUCCUGAUUUUUGUGAGGAACACAAUUGUGCGAAUGGAGCACAGUGUGUAAACCACUUCGACUUAAGAAACUACACAUGUACCUGUGUCGGAGAAUUUAGGGGACGCCUUUGUGCAGAAGCAAUCGUCCAUGGUAACUACAGUCAGUGGACAUUGUUUGAGGAAUGCUCUGAGACUUGUGGCGGUGGCACCCGCAAACGCUACCGUCAGUGUGACUCUCCUGCCCCAGGGCCAGAUGGGAACCCGUGUCAAGGACCAGAUGAGGAGACAGAAGUCUGCAACAUACACAACUGUCCCAUUCAUGGCAAUGUAAGCAACUGGUCAUCAUGGGUCUGUCCUGCCACUUGUGGGAAUGCCACAGCUGUCCGGAGUAGGACAUGUGACAAUUCUGUUCCCCAGUAUGGUGGCAGAAAUUGCACUGUUUCACUCAUUGAAUUCAAGACCUGUGACGGACUGUCGCCUUGCCCUGUUGAUGGUGGUGUAAGUGACACAUGGCUCGAGUGGGGUGACUGCAGCCAGACAUGUGACACGGGUUACAGGAUUCGGGAGCGCUUCUGCGACAAUCCUACUCCUGAUCACGGAGGCAUGGACUGUAAUCCAAAUGAUCUGGUGGAACAGGAGGAUUGCAACACACAAGACUGCCCUACUUGUCCCAGGCUGCGGAGACGCUUCACUCAUGAGUUGGUGGAGUGCAUCACGAACACCACAACUAACAUGGAGAUCUGCUGGGUGAAUUGCAAAAAAGGCUACACCACAAGGUUUCAGAACUACACUUGCGGCAUCCUCAGCAACUACACAUGGUGUGCCUCACUCCCUGACUGCACAAAGGCUGAGCCAACAACAACCAAGGUUAUGACUCUGUCUGCCCGCAUGGACGACAUCUCAGAUCCUCAGGCAGUGAGUGACGGUGUUCAGAACAAUGUUAAGAACACUGUCAGCUGUGGCAACUCUUGCAACCUGAAUGUCUCCUACAGCACUGUGACUUCUGGGGGGAUAGGCAAGAGGUCUGCAGGUGCUGUGAUCUUCUCUAUAGUGUUGAAUGUUACGUCGCCUUCAAGUGGCAUAGACAUGGAAAAUGCAACAGAUGCAGAGAUUGAGAAUGAGCAGGAGUCUGUCUACCAAUUUGAGGAUGCAGCGCAGGCACUUGUGAACAAUUCAGAGCAACUGUUCACAGUGACUGUGGGUGGACAAACAUACAAGGGAGAUAAAGAUACACUGGCCUUAGCAGUGGACUUUGGCUGUCCUUCUGGAACUGUUCUGGAGGAAGGCCUUUGUGCUGAAUGUGCUGCUGGAACUUAUGCUGUUGAUGAUGAAUGUGAGUUUUGUGACAUCGGCUAUUACCAGAAUGAGACUAGACAGACGGAAUGCAUACCUUGUCCUUCUGGAAAAUCCACUGCGGAUGUAGGUUCUCAGUCCUUUGAUGACUGUGUGAAUAGUACGCCUUUAGGCUCUGCAGGAAGUGGUGGAUCAUCCUCCAGUACACCAGGACCUAGUGGCUCAUCCUCUGGUGGUGCUAAAGGUGAGGAAGGCCCCAAGAAAGAUGCAGCUGAAUGUGCUGCUGGAACUUAUGCUGUUGAUGAUGAAUGUGAGUUUUGUGACAUCGGCUAUUACCAGAAUGAGACUAGACAGACGGAAUGCAUACCUUGUCCUUCUGGAAAAUCCACUGCGGAUGUAGGUUCUCAGUCCUUUGAUGACUGUGUGAAUAGUACGUCUUUAGGCUCUGCAGGAAGUGGUGGAUCAUCCUCCAGUACACCAGGACCUAGUGGCUCAUCCUCUGGUGGCGCUAAAGCUGAGGAAGGCCCCAAGAAAGAUGCAGGUCAGUGUCAGAUACAGGAGUGUUCAUGAAGCUUGUGUACUUGCUUCAAGGAAACUGACCAUUUCAAAAUCAUAUGUAGAACCUAAGCUCUGACUACAGUGAGUCUUCAAUAAAGAGAUCAUCAGGACUGACCCAUGGUCCUUGGUGAGUCUGAGGUCUUGUUGGAUCCGUAGUCGGUCCUGUAGUAAUGACAAAGAGAGAAAGACACAUGGGUGGCAUAAUUGAGCAGUUACUUUCCUCUUUCCUUCUCGAAGACAGCAACCAUGAUUUCCAUCACAUUUCCAUAUUUAUGGCCCUGUCUAUUUUGCUUGCUUUUUUUUUUUUGGUUCCCAAUUGCUCAUUGAGGGUGUACAGGGGGCCCCACUUAUAACAGUCACAAUUAUAACAGGAUUCUGGCCAUAGCAGGCUUAAAAUGAAUCCCUGGGUCCGGUCUCUUAUAUUGUACCGUAUAGUAAAAAUGUUCUUUUAUAGCAGGCAUU